AGAAGAGUUUGGGGUGUGGGGCCCAGUACCCAUGUGCCUCUCUUCAGUCUCCACCACCUCCUGUUUCUGGCUCAAUCAUUACUCUCUCCUUCAAUUCACUUCGCUUCAGUUCUCAACGUCAAACCCAAACCAAAACCCCUUAUUCUUAUUCUUCUUCUCUCGCGCCGCAACCAAACACGCCCUAAUCCAAUUCCAACCAUCAUGUCCAACUCUGACGGACCCACCAACGGCGUCACCACUAACGACGCAAACGCAGUCGUCGACUCGCACCAGAGAAGCGCCACCACCGCCGCCGCCACCACCACCACCCAGGGAACGGCGCUGGCCGUUAAGAAACCUCCGUCCAAGGACCGUCACAGCAAAGUCGACGGCCGUGGACGGCGCAUUCGCAUGCCGAUCAUAUGCGCGGCUCGCGUGUUCCAGCUCACGCGUGAGUUAGGCCACAAGUCCGACGGCCAGACCAUCGAGUGGCUCCUCCGCCAGGCAGAGCCCUCCAUCAUCGCUGCCACCGGCACCGGCACCACACCGGCCACUUUCUCCACCGUCUCCGAUCACAAGCCGCUCCUCCCUCCCCCCACGCCUUUCAUUCUCGGCAAGCGCAUUCGCCCCGACGACACCGACGCCGUGUCCAAGGACGAGGCCGUUUCGCUCGUCGCGCCGCCCACGCCGCCCGCGCUCUGGGCGCUCCCGCCGCGUCCUGACUUCAGCCAGGUCUGGAGCUUCGCGGCCGCGGCUGCAGCCGCGGCGCCUCCGGAACUCGUUUCGGUCUCGUCGCAGAACUCCUUGUUCCACCACCACCAACACCAGCACCAUCACCAGCAACAACAGGCAGCCAUGGGAGAAGCCUCAGCGGCGAGGCUCGGAACUUACCUCCCCGGCCACCUCAAUUUGCUCGCCUCGUUGUCCGGCGGCCAUGGAAAUUCCGGCCGGCGAGACGAGGAGCCUCGUUGAAUUGUGAAAUUUGUGAUUGAUUCAGUUAUGUUCUUCGUAAUUCGUAUAUAGAAUAAUAUAUGUAUUACGCAUGCGUGCGUGUGUUUGAGUUUGUCUGUGGCUCUGUGACUUUGUUCGUGUUGAUGGUGCUGUUGCUGUUGUGUGGAAUGUUGUGGAGAAGAGGAGAUUUUUACUUCUUAGUGCAAUUUUAGGGUUAGGAUUUUCUAAUUUUUGGUAGUUUUUGAGGGGAGAAGUCCAUGAAUUGAGGAAUUCAAUUGGAUUAGGGUUUUCCUAGUUUGGAAAACUGAUUUAGGUUACCCGUUAGGAGAUGAUGAAUUUGUUUAGACCAUUGCUCUGCAAGGAGAGAAAGAGAUUAUGAUGUUUAUUAUGAGAUGAUGAAUAACUAGGGAUUGAGGCUGGAAGUGGUUUUCAGAACCUUGAUCGAUUCGGUAUGCAGAUGCAGAUGCAAAUGCUGAUGCAGAUGCAAGUGUAAUGAAGUGAAAAUUAAUUUAAUCAUGUUACUAUUGUGGAAAAUGUCACAUACACAGUUCUUGUU